AUGGUCAUACGCAGGCUCAUAAAGCUUGUGCUAUUUUCUACUACCAUUUACUUGGCCAAAGAACUAGGAGUUUGGGACGAUCCAAUUGAGCCCACAACCAGUAAACUCGGUAUAGAAGCAGAAGAACCUUUGCAGACAAAGAAUUCAAACGACAAGCCAGAAGAGAGCAAAGAUAUUGGGGCCACUAUAUCCAAAGAACUCCAAAAGAAAAAACAAGAUUUGGAGAAAAAGUUUUGCCCCAAAGACUCCACAUGCUAUUCCCCAUCAAAGCCACUAGGCGAAACCAUUAACUAGGCGUUUUCUAAAACAUGGGUAGCCUUAAAAGGUAUUCCGUCCUACUGGGGCGCCACCUUCGAAAGGAUUGGCGCUAGGAUUUGUCAGUUUUUCAAGGGAGAUAAAUAAAUGAACUUUACAUUUAAAUUAGAAUCUAUAAAUGAGGAAGACAAAUCACUGAAAUUACUUUAUUUAUGGUUUAGAACUUCCCUAAAACCUAGUAAACAUAACCUUUUACUUUGAAACAAUAUACAAAAUUCGGUAGAAAUUUCAAAUCAAAAAUGAAUUAAAAAUUUGACUCCCCAUUUUCAUCCAUUUUAACCAAGGUGAAAUAAUUUAUUUUCAAAAUUAAAUUCUCUAUUGGCUUUUAUAUACGGCAAAAGCAUGUCUGUGAGCCAAAUAAAACUGGAGGAGCAGAUGGUCAUUGCAGCCUCCAAGAAUCUAUCAA